CUCCAGUCACAUUUUAAAGAAAAAAACAAGCCGAGCAGCCAGCCAGCGCGGCCGGUGUGAGCCGGCUCCAGCUUCAUGUUGGGGGGUCGUUUUCAUUUAUUUAUAUACACGCCGUUUUUUUUUAUUUGUUUGUUUUCGAACCCCCUCAGGGGUAAGCAAAGGAGAUGAGGGGACUCCUGCCGUUAUUCCGGGGCCUGCACACCGUGAGUAACCGUCAAGCCAGGCGCAAGGCUGGGAUUGUCGGUUCUCGGUGCGGGCUUUGCGGAACUCAGUCUGUGAACAAGUCACAGCCAAGAUUUGGGCUGCUGUUCGACAUUGAUGGCGUGCUCGUCCGAGGACGGAUGCUAAUCCCUGCAGCCAAAUUGGCUGUUGAGAAGUUGGUCGACUCUCAGGGAAGGUUUGUGGUGCCAGUUGUUUUUGUCACUAAUGCAGGGAACUGCCUCCGACAAACAAAAGCAGACCAGAUCUCUCACAUCCUGGGAGUGCCUAUUACAGAAGACCAAGUCAUCAUGUCCCAUAGUCCCCUGAGGAUGUUCAAGAAAUUCCAUGAUAAAUGUGUCCUGGUGUCGGGACAGGGGCCUGUCCUGGAAAUUGCUAAAAAUGUUGGCUUUAAGAAUGUUGUCAGUAUUGAUAUGGUGAGGGAGUCAUACCCCUUGCUGGACAUGGUGGAUCACAACAGACGUCCCAAACUGCCGUCCACUCCUGUUGUCAGCCUUCCUACAGUUGAAGCUGUGGUUUUGUUCGGGGAGCCAAUCCGAUGGGAGACAAACCUGCAGCUGAUAAUUGAUAUUUUAUUGACCCACGGUAACCUCAACAGUCCUCACCAAACCCAUGCAGUACCUCACCUCCCCCUGUUGGCCUGCAACAUGGACCUGAUGUGGAUGGCAGAGGCAAACUCUCCAAGGUUUGGCCAUGGAACGUUUCUUGUGUGCCUGGAGAACAUUUAUAAAAAGAUAACUGGCAAAGACCUGAAGUACGACGCACUCAUGGGAAAGCCCAGCGAGCUGACCUACCAUUUUGCGGAGUAUCUCAUCAGAAGCCAGGCCAUGCAGAGGCAAUGGAAACUUCCCAUCACUUCCCUUUAUGCUAUAGGUGAUAACCUCAUGACUGAUAUAUACGGAGCCAAUAUGUACAAUCGCUUCCUGGAGGAGAGAGCCUCUAUUAAGAACCCUAAAGCUGUUGCCCAGGUGGUGGCUGCCACCGGGUCCAGCACCGCCAUGCCCGGGGGGGAGGAGGAGUUCGACAGCAUGUGGGAAAGUGAGCUUGCUCUGCCCUCUGCCACCUCCUGUAAGUCCAUCCUAGUUUGCACGGGGGUCUACAAUCCCAAUGCAGAGGUGCCGUCCGACGCAAGUCGCUGCAUCAAAGAGACCGUGUUCCACGGUCACCGGGACUUCAGGUUUGACCCCGCGCUGGUGGAGCCAAACUACAUUGUGCAGGAUGUGGCAGAAGCUGUGGACCUCAUCUUCCAGCAGGAAAAGUUUGUGCCUCGUUAGUGAUUUGAGUCCCGAAAGGUUCUGUGCCAUACGAGCACACGUGUGGUACAGCAUUAAGCUGGGAACGCACCACUUAAUGCAAGAAGCUGUUGGAAGGGCAUCACUGUGGACUUUGAGUAAUGAACUGACAGUCAGGGCAUUAACAUAAUAUAGAUCAUCUUCUAAAAAUCUAAAUCUAAAGACAAGUUUAAGAGAAUAUGAAUCAUUUAACUGUGACCACCAUUUGGUUUCAGUAUCGUCUUUAACAGUGUGUUUUUCGUUUGGAAACGUGUUAUAGCUGCCUUAUUUGACCAUGGUUAGUUUUUAGAUGAUCAGCUGUUCUAGAGUACAAGAUUUUACCAGUGUUUUAGGAGAGUGUAUUACAAGAAAAUUUGACUUUCUUUACUCCCUUUUUAGACCUAUGUUUACUCAGUUUACCCUUAAAGAUCUAUGCAUGAACACAAGAGGAAUAGUCUUACUGUAAUUCCAGAUGUUUGAUGUGCAAUAUUGUUCCUUAAAUUGUAUUGUCAAUCCACGUUUUGUGUUGCUAUGAGAGCCAUAACCAAUAUUUGCACAGAUUCUUGACUUUUGUUAAAAGUUACAGUUUUCCUGCCAUAACGUGUAUUGUUUAGUGUCCAACUUCUGUUUUAUGCUCUCAGAUUUUUAUUCCAGAGACAAAAGCUAACAGCACAUCAAUUAAGUCACACGUAAAGCCUUUACCAACUCAUUUUUGCUGUAAUUACCUUACCUUGGGAAAGAAUAUAAAGAAUAAUUGCAAAGUGAA